AGAAUGGCACUUGGAAUGGCACAUGUUUGUGACCGAAUUACUCAAAACUGGCGCGGGCUUUCAUGACUAAGGGAAAAUAAAAAAAGAUCACACUAUAUAUUCUGCUGCCAAUAGCUAGUAAACGCUUUAUUUAGCAUCAUGAACUGCUACUCUGUGGCACCAAACAACAGCGACCCGUAGCAAAGUCAUGUGCCUGAACUGUGUCUGGUAGCCAUCACGAUGGAACUGAAGUCGAGCCGGAGUCGUGUUGGCUCGGUGGCUGCUGGGGGCUAUGACGAACUUCUGACGCCGCUGAUCUGUGACGCCCAAUCGGAGCCGGUCAGGGGCGCAGCGUGGGAAGAGGACGCCAGGGGAUUGGACGGCAGAAACAGCCGGAGCGGAGGAGCGUUGGUUGACAAGCGGAGCGGGCGCAGUUCUCGGAGUGGUCGCCAGGUGUCAGUGCGCUCGAGGCAGUCCAUCCAUGGUUCGGAGAUCAGGAGGCAGGGCAGCGUUGGCCCGCCGGGUGGCGACGGCGGCGGGCUGAGAGUGAAGAGCACCGUCAGCGGCUUCCUGAACCGGGACUACUACACCUCCAACGACUCCGUGCCGCUGAUCCGCGUCUCUGAGAGCUACACCCGCCUGUUUCGCCACACAUCCGACGAAGAUACGGACAGCGAAGUAGAGGAAAUCGUCGAAAAGAAGUUCGGCACCGAGGCCAAGAAUCUCAGAGAUGCUCUCAAAACGAACUUUGCCGUCCGAAAAACGGCCCUGGGCAUCCCCAGAAUGGAGGGACAUAUGAGGUUACCUGACCGCAAAACGGCUCACACGGACGCCAAGGACCGACUGUACCGCGGCCAGUGCUACGUCGUGGAGCUACCGUAUCGCCUGGAGCGGUCCACGCGGGGUCUCACCCGUACCGCCGUCGGCCGGGCCAUGGAGGAUGAGCGCGUCCGCCGGGUGUCGGAGCUGCGGCAGCGCGGCGCGCUCGUCUCCGAGCUGUGGCUGGCCGUGCAGGCCGAGCUGCGACAGCUGGCCAGAGACGCCGAGCAGGAGGACGUCGAGUCCACCAUCACCAGCACGCAGACCAACGAGGACCGCAUGGAGCUGGUGCGCGAGGAGCUCGUCCAGAAGGUGCACAGAAAGGCGGUGCGAGCGGAGGUGGCUGAGGCGCAGCAGUGGAAACAGAUGUUCUUCAAGGGCAUCUCCAAGAACAAGCUGCCGACAGACGCGAUGGAGGCGGUGGCUAGUACCAGCGAGCACAUGAACUCUGUGCUGCAGCAGCUGCAGGAGGCGUUCUCGUGCAGUGAGAUCGAGGAGGGCUCCCGCCAGGAGGUGAUCCAGGAGCGCGCGCAGGAUCUCAAGGACGCCUGCCUCACCGAGCUGCUGCGCUGCGUCGCAGUGCAGAAAAUCAAAGUCGAGAUCACCAUCGAGACGGAGCGUCAGGUCCACGAGUUCAAGCGCGGCCGGCCGGCGGCGGUGCGCAAGAGCGGCUCCCAGGAGGGUGUGGACCUGGGCGCCGCCAAACAGGCCGUGGGUGGCUCACUGGGGAAAAUCUUCAAACGGGUCAGCGAUCGGGAGACGAAGAAGGAUAACCGGGUUAGAGACAGAGUGUCGGAGCUGAAGACCAUCUGCCAGGAAGAGGUCGUCAGAAAAGUGAUGGCCAAGCAGGUGGCGGUGAUGUGUAACCACGAGAAGGCGCGCCGAAUCGUCGAGUCGGAGGACCCGGCCGUGAUGAACGACCCGGACCGGGCGCGCAUCGCCGACCACUGGGUCCGCGUCCAGGCCCAGAUGGUCGUCGACAAGUUCAUGGGCAAAAAACCGAUGAAGAAGACCUCAAUGACUGAGGUGCUGGAGGGUAGGAACGGCUCUCCGAGUCCGAUCCGCAGCGCACUGGACCGCCGGCUCAAGGCAGUCCGAGAGAGGUUCCGCCGACCGGCCGUCUAUUUCUGUGACGAGGACGACACGUUUAUCCGGGAGCGGGCCCGGCGGCGGACGAGUCUCAGCUCACCGAGCCAGGGCCGGCUGGGCAGCCGCAGCUCACUGGCUCACAGCUCCGUGUCUGGCUCGGUCCGUCGGCGCCGGUCGUCCGCCGGCGGCUCCUCGAGUCCGUCCCCCAGCCGCAGCCGGCGAGCGACGGAGGCAGCACGGCCACGACGGGAGUCAGGGGCGCGGGUCAGUCCCAGCCGCCAGCCGUCCGCCGCCCGCAGUCCGAGCAGAGAGGUGUCUGAGACGCGGAGAAAAUCGGCGAGUCGCAGUCCGAGUCAUCGGGUGUCAGAGACCCGGCAGAAGUCUGCGAGUCGUAGUCCAAGCCGCCAGCCGUCGAUCACCCAUAGUCCCAGCAGGCAGCUGUCAUCCAGCCGCAGCCAACCGGGACGCCAGCCGUCGGUCUCUCGGAGCAAGCAUCAGUCCCAAGUCGUCAGUCCCAGUCGUCAGUCAUCAGCGGCCCGCAGUGCGAGCAAGCAGUCCUCAGUGGGACGGACUGCCAGCCGCCAGUCCAGCGGUACGGCAGCGAGCGCCGCCAGUCCCCGCAGACAGUCGAGUAGUAAACAGGCAGUCACCGCUAAACGCAGCUCGCGACGACAGACUUCAGGGGAGUCACCGAAGGCCGCGCGCAGUGCGAGCUACGUGUCUGCCCGCAGUGGCACCAGCACUGAGAGGCGUCCGUCCAGCUCAAGACGACGCUCCAACCCGUCAGCGGCGACUGGAGAAGAGAGAAGCCAGUCCCCACCGGGGAUUCUUAAAAACGGCGACAGCUCGCGUCGGGCCAGCUCGACGGCCGGUAGUCCACCGCGCGAGUCCAGAGCGAAGGUCAGCCGCAGCUCGCCGUCGACUGCACGGGGGGAUGUCGGGGCGCGCCGUUCAGGGGCGGUGGAGCCUCGCCGGUCUCCGUCCGGUGGAGGUGCCUCGGCGCGCCGCGGCCGGUCAGGAGGAGACGUGAAGGAGGUGCUGGCGCCCCGCCGGAUGGAGUCUGAGGCUGGUGGGCCAGAGGCGGCAUCUCGGUCGUACAGAAAACGGGGCGAUAAGACGGCAGAGUUCCAGCAGGAGAGACAGGAGAUCGCGGACCGGCGGGAGCAGGAACACAGUCAGAGAGUGGAGAGGAAGCGGUCCCGCUCGGCGGGGAAGACGAGCGACCAGUACCGGUCGCACUGGACGGCGCACAUACAGGAGUGACUGGUGGCGGCCGACGGCUUGUAUCAGGACAGUGUGAGAGUGGACGAAUACGCGCGAAUUGCUGUGAGUCAUGGCUGUUCAUGUGUGACUGCGAGUUUGUAUGUGUGAGAGUGUAGCGAUUCAACUCUGCUGUCGUAUUGAUAUGUUGCGGUUAAUCGCAAAAUAAAAAUGUAUGUGUUUUAC